CAUUUGGUUGAUUUGAAUUAGAACCCACAUGACUCUUCCACCCCCAACCUUCUCUUUUCAGCUCUUUAGAGCCUCUUCUCUCUACCCUCAAGUGUGGUUUUAGUAUGACUAGGGAAUAGACACUAAAAAUAUUUCUGGAAUGACGUGACCCUCUCUCGCCCCAUCCAGGAAAGGGACCAGACUUCACAAGAAACAGCACAUGCUUUCCUUUCAUUUCAGGCAGUCUCAGGGUCACUCUACAGAUGCUGCUCCUUCCGUGGCCGAUGGCAUUCAGACUCCCAAUUGCCAACACCGCCCGGCAAACAACUGCACAGGACAGCUCCGCUGCGGGACGCUGGCCACUGUCUCGGCCAGAGCAGCAGCCCCUCAGCCACCGACCACCUCUGCCGCUGCCCCAUCCUGGAGCUUUCCCACCUCCCUCAGGCUUGCUGCGUCCCCGCCACAGGGGCUGAAGAACUGGGAGGUAGUGGCAGCAGCGGCAGUGGUGCCUACAGCCUUAGGGCCAGUCCAGGCACGUGCCACUCUGCUUCGGGCAACUCUGAAGCCCCUCUGGAGCCAAAAAGGGACCGGAGACAUCCCCAGUGCUCACCAGUGCCUCUUCCUGUCGCUGAAACCUGGACGAGGGCUCAAAAUGGAAGCCACCACUUCUGAGCUGGAUUCGCAGGCCAGAGCAGUGGAGAUGGAAGACCCGGUGAGCAGAGCUCAAGACAGCCAGGAGCUCCAACAGCAGCUGCGGCUGCUUCCCAGGCCUUCAGCUUCUUCCCAGCUAGAGGCGAAGUAUGUGGAGAUGUGCACUUCAGCUGAAGUCCAGAGGGAGAGUCCCAGGACCAUGAAACUUACCCUGGGGCCCUGCCCUAGGGAUGGGAGUGCCUCUGGGAGCUCAAGAGAGAAAGCCCAAGAUGAACCCAGCAGUCAGGAGUGCAAGGCUCCAACCCCCCAGAAGAGUCCUGCGUCCUCCAGUCUCUCCAGAUCCCAGCUCUCUGCCAAUGGUGAGGGUGGCAACUUCUCAUCCUCCGCAUCCUCCUCUCCUGUGGACAAAGCAGAAGAGGAUGGCCUUUCCAAAAUGGAAGAGUCUACCACCUGGACUGGGGGUCUGGCCACUUCCUCUUCAUCCUUAGGAUUUGAGAGUGAAAGCAGUGAGAGUGAGGGUUGCCAGCCCAGGGGAGGAGAAAAAGGGAGAAAAUCGGAAGGAGGAGGAGGAAAUGGCACAGACUGCAGGGACAUUAUUGCCAAGUCCCAGGGCAGCAGGGACCCCCCCAAAGACCAAGAGGCUCACUACAUCACCACCCAUGAGAUCCAGCUGAGUGAAGUGGGGCAGGACACGGACUUCGACGUGGGGCUGGCCUCCCGCUGGGAUUUCGAGGACAACAAUGUGAUCUACUCGUUCGUGGACUAUGCUUCCUUUGGUGGCAGCGAUGAGACCCCGGGGGAUGUCACCACCCCAACCGAAGAAGAUGACAACAGCUGCUACCUCAGCACCACUCCCAGCACCAACGCCACCAGGACACCGAGCCCCACCAGCAGUGACUUGGCGCGCCCCAAGGCAGGGCGCAGAGAUGGUGACACCAGCAGCACCGAAGUGUGCAGCGGCCCCUCUGACGGCGGACCCACGCCCCCACCCACUGGGCCUGGCACUGCCCCUGUGAGCCAGCCCUUGCCCGAAUCCCUGGGGGCAGCUUCAGGGUCAGCAGCCGCCGCCGCCAGCAGCUGUGGGAGUGCAAGCCAGAUCCUCCUAUCAAUCAAACCGACUUCCCGGGCUAUAAAUGAGCCUAGCAACGUGCGUGCAAAGCAAAACAUUAUUUAUUCUGCCAAGCAUGAAGGCGACAUGAGCCUCCGCGUCCCUGCUGAACAGAAUUCAAGUUCACUGAAGCAAAAGCGGGCUGCAGCCGUGGCUCAGGACCAUGCAAAGAAAUUCAUCGCCGUCCCUGCUCGCCUGCAAACCAGGUGCGGGGCCAUCAGGGCGAAGGAGCUGGUGGACUACUCCAGUGGAGCCUCCAGUGCGGUGAGCGAACUGGACGAUGCAGACAAAGAGGUGCGUAACCUGACCUCCCGGGCCUUCCGCAGCCUAGCCUACCCCUACUUUGAGGCUCUGAACAUCAGCUCCCGGGAGUCCUCCACCACGCUCUCUGAAGUGGGCUUUGGCCGCUGGUCGACCUUCCUGGACUUAAAAUGUGGGGGUGUUGGAGCCAGGGUGGAACAGAGCCUCCUCCGGAGCAGCGCGUCCUCGGUGGCCGCAGGUCUGAGGAAGGGCGGCGCGGCCAGGGCCGCUGCAGACCAGCUCUACAUCCAGUCCAAGAAGUCCCAGACCAAGGCCUUGGAGUUCGUGGUCAGCAAAGUUGAGGGGGAAAUCAAACACGUGGAGACACCCCUGUGUUUCCAGAAGCAGGUGCAGACUGGCUCCCGCGUCGUCACCCUUCUCGAGCCCCUGAAUUUACGCAGUGAGAGCAAAGCCAGCUCAGCCACUGGGGCUUGCAGGGCCACCAAAGGCUCCAGCAAGGGUCCAGGGUCUGUGUACACAGACGACAGCUCAGAGACCUCUGAAAGCAGCAAGCCUGCCUCCCGUGCUGAUGGCCCCCAGAAGUCCAAGUUCGCUUCCAGUCUGCUCAAAAAUGUUAUUUCCAAGAAGAUGCAGCGGGAACACGAGUUCAAAAUGGAGAGGGGAGAGGUCACCGACACAUCCCAGCGCAAGCUGCCCCGCACCUCCAGGGAGCCGGAACCCUUCCCCGGGGGUGAGAAGCCGCGGGAGAGGGGCCUGCAGCGGCAGAGCUCCCACCACUCGGAGGCCGGCUCUGAGUACACAGUGGUCAGCGUGUCUGAUGCAGGCGGGGAAGGGUCCGUAGCAGGGUCUAAAUCCCCAGUGUUCAAAGCCUGUACCCCUCGGGAGAGCGCUGCAGGCUCCGGCCGGAAUUUCCCCGAGGUACACACAGAAGUGUGUGAAAUUAAAAAGAGCGCCUCAGAGACCGUCAAGGGCAUCUUUCUGCGCAGUCGGAACAGCGCCUUCCGCUCCUGGAAGGAAAAGGAGGCCGAAAAGCGCCAGGAGCAAGCGUCGGUCGGGAAGCUGAAGCUCCCCAGAGGAGCAGACUGGAGGGCUGAUCUCGGGGAGAUCUCUGCCAGCAAGGCGACCAUCAUGUCUCGCCUGUUUGUCCCCAACAUCCCGCAGACACCCAAGGAAAAGCAGCCGGGGAAGCAGGCCACCAAGUACCCCGCUGCCCAGGCCACCUCCACGGCAGUGAUUAGGCCCAAGGCUCCGGAAAUCAAGAUCCGGCUGGGCAGCGUGCAGCAGCCAAGCUCCGACUUCAACAUUGCCAAGCUCCUCACGCCCAAGCUGGCCAGUGGCAGCGCCUCCAACCUCUUCAAGACCGUUGAGGACAGCAGCAGGGCGCAGCAGAAACUCUUCCGUGGGGACAAUCUGGAAAAAGUGCCCCAUUUUCAGGUGAGAGACAUCAGAGACAAGUCCAAGGCUCAAGGCCCCCUGCACCAGGUGAGAGACGUGAGAAAACUCAUCAAGGGGACAGGGGACAGCAUGGACAAGGGCAGUGUCACUCCAGAGCAGGGGCUGACAGGGCCCAAAACCAGGCAGCUGGUUGCUGCAGCUGCUGGGUCCAGGUCCCUGUCCCCCUUGGUGAUUACGUGCCAGGCGGUGGUGAACCAGAGGGAGGACAGCGUGGACCGGGAGCCAAGAGACAGCGUGGGCAAAAGUGGCAGCAGCAAUGUCUCGAAUCCCUCCCCAGAAGGGACGGUUUUGGUUCACAGGGCAUCUGGCAGGCUGCCUGUGGCCACCAUUGCCCCGAAUAAGCCUGAGCAGGGCUCAUACUUGCCUGUGCUGAAGAUCGUUUCCAAGGCUUCUGCCCAGAAGACCCCAGAGAAACUGAAGGAGGAGGAAGUCAGGGAGGAAGGCAAAGCCCCCAAGCCAGCCCCAAAUGCUCUGGAGAAGCUGACUGCUGCGGUGCGGUCCAUGGAAGAGCUGUACAGCUUCAACAGGAAUGAGUGGAAGCGCAAGAGCGACCCCCUGCCCAUGAUGACGGACAGCCACGUCCUGUCGCUCAUUGCCAGCGAGGAGAGGGAAGGGGUGCUGGGUGCUGAGGGAGGCCACGACAUGGUGGCCAAACGGAUGGGUGAGGGGGAAGACCGGGGCCCAGGGCACAAAGGUGAUGUGGUCUUUCGAGGGGCCCCACUAGAACGUCUGCAGCGGAGAAACUCCAACCCCAGCUCUGAGAGUGUGUCCGCCAGGGCAGCUGCCUUUGAGAACUUGGCCAGGCAGAGGCCCCGAUCUCUCUACAUCCCUUCAGUCCACAAGGAUGUGGAGAGAACCCAACCCCUGCAGCCCCUCCCCCCACUCCCCAGCAACCAGAGCGCGUUCACGGUGAGUGCCAGCAGUGCCCAAAAAACUGGAGGCGUAGCCGGCAAGUUCCCACAAGGGCCUUCUCCUGAGAGUCCUUCAGCGGCCAAGGGCAUCAAAUCGCAGGGACUUCGGUCCCUCAAGAUCUCUCCGGCCACCCGGGCACUUCCUGAUGAGGUGACCAACAGGAAAAGUGGCAGCAAUCUGGAGAAGAGCAACAGUGACUGUGGGAAUUACCUGACCAUCCCUAUUAAAGGAAGCUCUGCUGCCGGGGUGCGGCCUGGGGCUGCGAGGGAGGGCCCCCUCACCUCCUCAGCUGCCACUCUCUGCAGUUUACCCCCACUGAGCGCCCGCAGUCAGGUCCCCAGCAGCCCCAAAGGCUCUCAGGUCAGUGGAACCAGCCGGCCAGCUUGGCGUACCAAAGCUGACAACCCGCGGGAGACUGUAGCUGCCCCCGCAGGGCUACCGAGCCCUGAGCAUCCCCCAAGGGCCAUCUACCACCAGCAGCCACUGCCCUUCACCCUACAGGGGGCCCAGUCCCAGGUCCUAUGCUUCUCCCCGCCUGGCAUGCCUGCCCCAGCUCCUUCAGGCCCAGCUUCGGUCACCACAGACCCCUUCCAGCAGCCAAAGCCUCAGCAGACACAGCGUAAGAUGCUCCUGGAUGUCACGACUGGCCAGUACUAUCUGGUGGACACCCCAGUGCAGCCCCUCACACGGAGACUGUUUGACCCUGAGACGGGGCAGUACGUGGAUGUGCCCAUGACCUCCCAGCAGCAGGCUGUGGCUCCCAUGUCCUUCCCUGUGCCUCCCUUAGCCCUGAGUCCUGGGGCUUAUGGACCCACCUACAUGAUCUACCCCGGGUUUCUGCCCACGGUGCUGCCCACCAAUGCCCUGCAGUCCACACCAACUGCUCACACUCAAGGGGGCAGUGAGCUCUCCCCCAUGGCGGCAGAGCACCCCAGCAAAGAGACAUCUGCCGUGUUCACAGAGGCCCCAUACUUCAUGGCUUCCGGACAGUCUCCCACCUCCUCUUCUUCCUCAGCCCCAGUGGCCACAUCCCAGCUUGUGGGGGCCAAGGGCUUUGCCCAGCUACACAGCAAGCCGGUCAUCAGCAUCACGUCGCAGCCCCUGGGACCGCGGCUCGUUGCUGCCCCAUCCUUCGACGGCACCACCAUGAGCUUUGUGGUGGAGCACAGAUGAUGCGAGCAGUCCCAGGAGAGGAGAACAAAGCAGGGGCUGGAGCAAGACAAGAUGGACUAUUCUUCUUCAGUCUGAAAGUUGCAUUGUAACAGCACUAAGAAUUCAUGUGAAAAACUUCUUCCACAUGCGUUAUUCUUAAUUUUGCUUCUUCUAAACCAAGUGUGUAACUUUCUGUAUUUUCCUGAACAACCCUCCUGAGGCAGUUUCUGUUAUUUUAGUUUUACUAAGUUGGAUGGUUGCAUUUUUCCCUAUCAAACUAUUUCUUUUUAUACUUUAAUACAGGAUAUAAGCUUUCUAUUCACCUCCUCCCCUCCUGCACUUGCGACUAGGCAAACCAUCCCUUUGUUCACAUGGUUCUGUCAAAACAUACAACAGAAUGGGGUUGGUUCUGUUGCAAACCAAGCCAGCAAAUCAACAAUUUGGAUCACAAAUCUUCGCAUAGGUUCUUAGACUCUAUCAGGGUUAGCUGGCAUAGCUGCAGCUAUGUUUGAAACCUGAUGGUUCUUUGAAUCAUAUACCAGCCAAACCUACUUGUGCUUUUGGUUGUGGUCUAUGUGUUCUUUUAUUUGGUUUGGCAUGAUUUCAAAUGUGAUUGUGAAAAAUAGUGAUUUUAACAUCUGCACUUUGUUUUAAUUUUCCCGUCUGCGCCAUGCCAUGAAAUUAUUUGUUGCCUUAACAUAGAAUGGCUUGAAAUACUGGAGAAAGCCAAUGAUUGCAUUUAAAAGUAAGUUCUUGGUCUCAAAAAAAGGGUAAAGUAUCUAUUUCCCUUUAAGAAUCCAACCAUUGUUGUGAGUAUAGAACGUGUUUAUUUUCUUCAGUGAGUCCCUCUGUAGUUGCCUAUUCCUGUCUCUCCCAAAUUGUGUGGGGUCUAUAAAGAGUGACCUGUUGAGGGCACAUUCUCUAGAAUGUGAUGCUGAUUCAGUGGCUGAGAUUCACUCCAGCCCUCAACCAGCGCAACCAGUCCAAAGCAGCAACAUAAAGUUAUAGUACUUGCUUCUUGUGAAGCAGGUUUUAAGAGAGGCUGAGGAUCCAAAUCAUGGAAUCUUUCUUCCACAUUCAAUUAGUCACCAUUGAACCCCAAUUCUGAAGGCUAUUUGAGUGAGUGUUCACAGUUGAUUGAACAGUAAAUAAUUAGCUUAUUACAAUGAAUAAGUAUGUCAGUAUGUACUCGGCAAAGGUUACAUUGAAAUAUUUCUUAGUGGCUUUUUUAAAGGAAUAAUCUGAAAGUUCUCCCAGGCUUUAAAAUAAUCUCCUUUUAUUUACUUAUUUACUAAAGAUAAAGUAUUCUGAAAAAAAUUUUUAAAGCCUUAUUUUAAUUUUAAUCAUCAUCAGUAUUUGGUUUGUGUCUAAAAUUUCACCUUGAAGGCCACAGAAUUUUAUGCUACUCAUGACUGAAGGUGUGAGUAAAACAGGUGGUUUUUGUACGAUUUGUAUCUGAUUAUUUUGUAGCUGUGCUUCUCAUCUCAGACUCUAUAAAUAAACAAACAAACAAAGAAUGCAACUUCCCUUUCAGGGCUUUCCUUAAAAGGAUCUUACUCUAGAAAAUGUUUUCCUGGGCAAAGGGAAAGGUUUGAGGUAGAAAUAGUCAGGUUUGGUCACAACUGAAUUGCUUGUUUGGCCAAUGAGCUAUGAAAAUGAAGCUAUAGCCUUUAUGAGACAUGAAACACGAAAUGUGAAACAUAAUUUCUGUGUAUAAAGAAAGACACCCUUGUGCCAUAUUCAGGGAAAUUAUUGUUUGUUUCUUUGUCACAGAGGUCUUCUUACCCAGAACUGAAUUUUUCACCACCAGGAAGUAAAUCCUACAGCAUCAGUACUCCUCAUUUUCAGAAGAGAUUAGCAGGCUUGAAGUCAAUAUUAAACCAAGAAAGCAGAAUCCAUUUCAGAGCGCUCAAACUUUCAAAUUGAAAGUGCCACCAUGAAAUCUCAAGUAUUUGAUUUAGGUGGAAGCAACCAGCGCUUGGAAGACUGGUUUAAAACCACUUUAGGAAAUCCCAGUGGCCACGCUGUUGGCACUGCUUGCCAGCUGUUCAGAAACAGAUGCUUCUCUCCUUAGAAUGUGGUACAGUUGAGGGUGUGGGGGCCCAUAAACUAUUAAUAUUUAUCACCAGCAGAUCUGAGCUUUAAAUUCCCACAUUGAGGUAAACUACGACAGAAACUAGGAAAGAAAGGAAAACUUUCCAUUUGAUGAUUCUGCCAGGUUAUACCCUCUGGGAAGUUGCCAAGGAUGUCGUGAAGGUCCAAGUGGUUGCAAAUGUAACUUUAAAAUAAUGUUCUAUGAAUACCAUUUAUUAAUAAUUUCAUGGUUCUUUAUUUUGCUGGACUAUAUAAAGCUGCUAGGCCAUUUACUACCUCAAGUGAUAGGGAAAGAACAUUUGCAUAGGCAGGAGGCAAAUCUCGAGCCUUGUUGUCUUUGUUUUGUCCUUUCUCGAGGUUGCGUGGAUAUCUGGAUGAAGUGAUGCGCCCGUCUUUUUUCAACCAAAGGGGAAUCAAACAAGAGUCCAUGAAGCCCUCUGACCCAUAAAACCGUUAUCCUAACAAUGCCCCUUUAAGGUACUGAACUACCCUUUUAUGCUUUGGGUACAUAAAAUCAUUAAUAAAGCGUUUCCUAAAUAGUUCUUUGAGCUUGAAUCUAAUCAGAAUUGCAGAAUCUGGUGUUUGCAAUUUCCUCGCAGGGUUACACGUGGUCUGGUUUUCCAGAAGAACCACAGGGCAUUAUGUGUAGAAAUCUUAACCUAUAUCCUCUUUUUCCUCCUCGGUAAAAUGUCACGUUUGAAAUAUGCCCCACUUGAAUUAUUUCUGGAAAACUGAACACAUUUGUAGCCAGUAUGAAAAUUUCAUUCAUCAGGAUUUUUUUUUUUUGAAAGCACUCACUGAAAUUGUCCUCAGGAUUAAAUGGAGGUCACAAUAUCCAAGUAAUGACUUGGUUUAUAGACUUUCUACAUGGCUGAUUAUUCCUGAAUAAAUAAGCUAAAACAAAUUAAACUUUGACAUCUUUAUGAUAAAUGUUGACUACUAACGUGCAUUUCAAAUUCCUCUUUCUAUCCUUGGGGAAUAACUGGUGAUAUGAAUUCCUUUUUCUUUUUUUAGAUUUGAUAUUAUCAUCCCUGCCUCUUAAAAAGAUAC